AUGAAGAUUUGCAGGCUGUGGGCUGAGAGGAGCAGGAAGGAGUGUCAACGACAGAGCAUACUUUCAGAGCUGAGACUGAACCCGACUGACUAUACUUCAGAGCAGACUGAGACUGAUCUGGACUGGUCCUGGGACUUUACACGGAUUUGGACUGAUCUGGACCGGUCUCUGGGACUGGCUGUGAAGUGCGUCUGUUUUUGGUCUGAAGACUCUGGAGGCUCCUCACAUCUGCAAGCUGAAACCUGCCGGACUGGUUCACGUACAUGUGAGUGCGCACGAGGCCAGGACCCAGGCCUCUGUGUUGAUACUUGUUGCUGCUCAGAGUCAGGCCGGGAGUGCUCAGAGCGGAGGCCAAACUUCCAGGUCCAGACCCAAGAUUAUUGUGGAUAA